AUGUCGUCUGCACUGAAGACAUACGGCCUCACAAGAGCAUUACGAAGCUCUGGUCUGUCCUCCAAAGUCUGUUCAAGAUGUUUACCAACUCUCCGGUCCCCGAGAAAUGCGAGGGCAUUGAGCACGACCAAUGCUAGAUUGACGUUGGCUGCUUUCAAGAUACCAAAAGUUUCUAACGAGCCUAAUCAUACCUAUGCGAAGGGCUCAGCACAAAGAGAGGGCUUACUGGCUACAAUUGCUGCUCAACAGAAGAAGGGUACCAUAGAAAUACCGCUCGUAAUAGGGGGUAAGGAGGUAAAAUCAUCACGGAGAUCUACACAGUACAACCCUUCCGACCACUCCACCGCGAUAGCGAACUAUUCCCUUGCUAGUCCCUCCGACGUCAACACAGCUAUCGAGGCAGCCUUGGCCGCCAAACCGGCAUGGGAGAAUCUCCCUUUCGCCGACAGAGCGGCUGUCUUCCUCAAGGCAGCUGAUCUGAUCUCCACCAAGUACCGAUACGAGAUCAUGGCCACGACCAUCCUCGGCCAGGGCAAGAACGCGUGGCAGGCCGAGAUCGACGCCGCCGCAGAGCUAUGCGAUUUCUUCCGCUUCAACGUCCAGUACGCGGAGGAACUGUACGCCCAACAGCCCGCCCACAACUCGGUUGGCUUGUGGAACCGCAUGGAAUACCGACCCCUCGAAGGCUUCGUGUACGCCGUCAGCCCCUUCAACUUCACCGCGAUCGGCGGUAACCUCGCCGGUGUGCCCGCGCUCCUCGGCAACGUGGUGAUCUGGAAGCCGUCUGACUCGGCCGUAGCAGCGGGCCACCUCGUCCACAAGAUCCUGCUCGAGGCGGGAUUGCCCGAGAACGUGAUCCAGUUCGUGCCCGGCAACCCGGUCGAGGUGACGGAGACGGCGCUCGCGCACAGGCAGUUCGCGGCGCUGCACUACACCGGCAGCACGGCCGUCUUCCGCCAGCUGUACGGGCAGAUCGGGCGGGGCGUCGCCGAGGGCCGGUACGCCGGGUACCCGCGCAUCGUGGGCGAGACGGGCGGCAAGAACUUCCACCUCGUGCACCGGUCGGCCGACGUGCGGAACGCGGUCGUGCACACGGUGCGCGGCGCCUUCGAGUACUCGGGCCAGAAGUGCAGCGCCACGAGCCGCCUGUACGUGGCGAAGUCGAUCUGGCCCGAGUUUAGGGAGCAGCUGGUGGCCGAGACGAACAAGCUGCGCGUGGGCGCGCCGUGGGAGCCCCAGACGUUCAUCGGCCCCGUCAUCCACGAGCCCAGCUUCAAGAAGCUGAGCGGCGUCAUCGACGCCGCGAAGGACGACCCCGAACUCGAGCUGCUGGCGGGAGGUAAGUACGAUGGUUCGAAGGGGUACUUCGUCCACCCGACCGUCUACCUGACGACGAACCCGGCGCAUAAGCUGCUCAGCAUGGAGCUGUUCGGCCCGAUCCUCACGGUCUACGUGUAUGAUGACGCGAAGGGCGGCGCUGAGAAGGCGUUCGCCGAGGCGUGUAAGUUGGUCGACGAGACGAGCGAGUACGGGCUCACGGGCGCCGUGUUCGCGCGCGACAGGCUGGCGAUCCGGGCCGCGGAGGAGGCGCUGCGGAACGCGGCGGGGAAUUUCUAUGUUAACUGUAAGAGCACGGGCGCGGUGGUGGGACAGCAGCCGUUCGGGGGCGCGAGGGCGAGCGGGACGAAUGAUAAGGCGGGCAGCGUGAAUAUUGUUAGUCGGUUUGUGAGCGUGAGGAGUAUUAAGGAGGAGUUUUUGCCGAGUACGGUGGUUGAGUAUGCUAGUAAUGAGGUUUAG